AUGAAGGAAGGAACGUUCAAAAAAGGACCCUUGAGCUCGGCCAUGGCACCAAACAGCGACACAAAAAAGGAGCAGAGAGGCCGAGACAAUGUCAUGUAUAUGGGGGCGUGGACCUUUCAGGAGAUGGAAUACGUCGAGAAGCUCGUUGUGGAGUACAGAGCUGGCAACUUGCCCGAACUUGCGUCCAGCUCUAACACUACCGGUACCAUGAGGGCCUUCAUUGCUGAGAAGCUCCAGUGUAACCCAAAAAGGAUCUCCAAGAAGUUUGAGAAUACUGAAUACAACGGUCGUCUGCAGUAUACACACCAGGCGGUCACACUCCUACUCAGCCCUGCCGAGGCGCAAAAGAACCAAGACGAACUCAAGGCGCUGGAGGAAACAUUCUGGUCCAGCCGCAACCAUAUGAUGGGACUGAAGAAUCUGCAGAAUCGGGUCCCUUCGUCUCAACCGUACGGGCCUGCGAGCAGGACCGGGCACGUAAACUCCGCCACUGGCACUGGCACUGGCACUGGCACUGGCAGCGGCAGCCCACCAGGAAGGAACCGUUCGAUCAACGUGUCGCCCGCAACUCGAGGACUGUUGGAAUUGCACGAGUUGGCAAGAACCCAAAACUGGUCGUCUGAAGCCAGGGCAUUCCUCACGAAUCAAGCCAUUGCUGCAAUUCGCGGAGAGAUUCAAUCUUGUUCAACGGAGCAGUUGAGGGAGCAGUGGGUCCCUUUACUUUUGUCUGUGCCUAGCGUCGAUUCUGUAUCGCUCGCCAGGAGCGUCAUGGCGCAGGGCUCCGCUUCCGCCGCUCGCCCGCAUGCUGCCAUGGAAACUCAGAAUGAACGUCCCUUCAAGAGAGCCAGGGGCCCCAACAAUACCAAUACCAAUGUCAAUGUCAAUGCCCCCUGA